UUUUAUUUAUUAUAGAACGCUUUCCACCUUCCAUCUUGCACCAUCGUGUUAGGGUUUCAGACAGUUCUAUUUUCUUUUCUUCAUCGUCGUUGAGAUCGCCGCCCUGUAAUCAUUUUUCUUGCGGUUUACCGCCGGCGUGGUUGGUUUAUCUACGAGAUACGCCUUCAUCUUCUGCUUACAAGUCAGCGAUUAUCAGCCGUCAUCACCGAAAUUUACUUAAAAAGGAUUUGCCCUUUCCAUGUCUCAUUGAUACUUCUGCAAUGGAUGGUUCAAAUGCACAUGAUCAAGAUGGUGGGACUUGCGUAAUGGGAUUUGAAGUCCCAAGAUCUCCCGAGUCCAGCUACAACAACCCCAUCCCUGGGAAUGAAGACGAAGCACGAGAUCCGCCGCUCGCUCCUCCCCACUUGCAGCACACAUUGCUCGGCUACCCAGCAAGCCAAGAAGGUUUGGGCAGCCUCCCAUCUCCUCAAAAUGUGAUCCUAAACCACCUAUACAUAGAGAACAGGGAGAGUCCGAGAUCUGUGGUGGCUUUGGGAAUCACGCACCGCAUUCGUAAUAAGUUUGUUACGGUCGUUCUCUAUAAACCCGUUCAGAGACGGUGAACUCGAAUUCUUAUUGCUGAGCUAUGACUCUGCCCAUUCUUUUGCUUUUUUUCUGAAAAGAAAAAUAGCUUUUCAUGUGUGCUUGCCUGGCACAACCUUUUAGCAAUCGACGCUGUUUGAUGCAGGGCUUAAAAUUAAUAUAGCCUAAUUGGUUGUAGAAUGAUUCUCCAGUUUUAUUUUACUGUCAUUGUUGAGCAUUGGAAGGUUGAAAUGCAUUACACCAUUAAUGAGUUUGGCUUGUUUGCGAAUUUU